CACCGAUCCUCCAGAUAUAAAUGCCUUCCUCCGAUUUCCCUCCGCGCUGUUUAUUUCUGCUUCUUUCUGAUGCCAACAAAUUCCGGUCUGAAAUUCCAGCGACGAGAGAUUGAAAGUUCAUCGUACUCGAUGCGUGGCCAUGGUUGGAUCAAUACGGUUCUUCCUGACGAACUAAUCGUUGAGAUCUUCCGGUGCCUUGACUCGAAGCUGAGUCGAGAUGCUUGUUCUCUCGUCUGCAGGCGUUGGCUUAAGCUCGAGCGCCUCAGCCGAACCACUCUGCGAAUUGGCGCAACGGGUAGCCCCGACCUUUUUGUUCAGCUCCUAGCUCGCCGUUUCGUCAAUGUAAAAAAUGUCCAUAUUGACGAGCGCUUGGCGAUAUCUCUCCCCCUUCAUUCAGGAAGAAGACGGCGCAAUGAAGUCAUGCGCUUGCCAUUUAAAUCACAUCAUGCAACUCAUAAUACUGGGACUGAAGGUGCGCCGGAGUCUUCUUGUCUGUCUGAUGCUGGGCUAAUUGCCCUCUCCAUAGGUUUUCCGAACCUUGAGAAACUGAGCUUAAUUUGGUGCUCGAAUAUCUCAAGUCAGGGCUUGACAUCCCUGGCUGAGAAGUGCAAAUUUUUGAAGUCACUGGAUCUACAGGGUUGCUAUGUUGGGGAUAGAGGUGUAGCUGCAGUUGGGGUAUUCUGUAAACUACUCAAAGAUGUAAAUUUUCGUUUUUGUGAAGGGCUGACUGACGUUGGUUUGGUUGAAUUAUCCCGUGGCUGUGGGAAAUCAUUAAAAUCAUUUGGUAUGGCUGCUUGUGCCAAGAUAACGGAUGUCGCACUAGAAGCUGUAGGCAUGCACUGUAAAUAUCUCGAGUCCAUAUCGCUAGAUUCCGAAGUUAUCCAUGACAAAGGGGUGCUUUCUCUUGCCCAAGGAUGCACACUUCUUAAAGUUUUGAAGCUACAGUGUACAAAUGUCACAGACGAAGCUUUGGUAGCUGUAGGCUCCUUGUGUCCUUUUCUGGAACUAUUGGCUUUAUACAGUUUUCAGGAAUUUACAGACAAGGGACUACGUGCCAUUGGAGUAGGCUGCAAGAAGUUAAAGAAUCUCACUCUAAGUGAUUGUUAUUACCUGAGUGAUAUGGGCUUGGAAGCAGUUGCAGCUGGUUGUAAAGGACUAACACAUCUUGAAGUUAAUGGCUGCCACAACAUUGGAACCAUGGGACUUGAAUCCAUCGGAAAAUCUUGCCCCCAACUCACUGAAUUGGCUUUGCUGUAUUGCCAAAAGAUUGUUAACUCUGGUCUUCUUGGAAUUGGUCAAAAUUGCAAGUUCUUACAAGCUCUCCAUUUGGUAGAUUGCUCGAAAAUUGGAGAUGAGGCAAUAUGCGGUAUAGCCAAAGGAUGCAGAAAUUUGAAGAAACUCCAUAUUCGACGAUGCUAUGAGAUUGGGAAUGCAGGAAUUAUAGCUGUUGGAGAGAAUUGCAAUCUCCUCACAGAUUUGAGCCUCAGAUUUUGUGAUAGGGUUGGCGAUGAGGCGCUUAUUGCCAUCGGCAAGGGUUGUUCCCUUCAUCAACUGAAUGUUAGUGGGUGCCACCGCAUUGGUGACGUCGGAAUCGCAGCCAUUGCUAGAGGUUGUCCCCAAUUGAGUUUCUUGGACGUAAGCGUUCUUGAGAACUUGGGAGAUAUGGCAAUGGCUGAGUUAGGAGAAGGCUGCCCCUUGCUUGAGGACGUGGUACUGUCUCACUGUCACCAGAUAACCGAUGCAGGUAUAAUGCAUUUAGUGAAGGGCUGCUCCAUGCUCGAAUCGUGUCACAUGGUCUAUUGUCCCAGCAUUACUGCAGCUGGGGUCGCCACUGUCGUUUCUAGCUGCCCCAACAUAAAGAAAAUUCUGGUCGAGAAAUGGAAGGUGAGCGAGAGAACGAAACGACGUGCGGGCUCAGUUAUUUCCUACCUUUGCGUGGACCUCUAAAUCACAUUCUCGUGUUCGUGUUCGUGUUCAUGAUGGUUAAGUUCAAGUAAGAUUCCGUUAUUGUUUCGCUUUUCAGCUGCCAUUAGUUGUUGUUUUGUGCUGUAUGUUUUAUUGUAAUAUUUAAAUGCAAAAGAAGACAACAUGGGAGCAAUGGUUUUGUCAAGAGAUAAUGUUGGCAGAGCUAUUGAUGCUUUACUUAAUUAGCAUCGUUAAUAAUAAUAAUUUAUAGAGUACAAUUAAGCGGC